GUCAGCGGAAGAGCAGAGCCAGCAGGAUGCCCCGAUGCAAGACGCGCAGGCUCAGCCUCCGCGCAACCGGCCCAAGCUGGACUUGUCUCUGGCACCGGGAGGGAACAAGGAUCGCAAACGCGGUAAAAGCAUGUUUGGAUUAUUACUCGGCACCCUGAACAAGGCAAAGAACGAGGACAAGGAGCGAAACGCCAGCGAAGCGGCCAAAAAGCGACAAAUGAUUGAGCAAAGGUUACAGGCUAAGCUGAAAAAAGAGACUGAUUCUGUCAGGAGAGCUGAAGAGGUCAAGAAGGAAAAGAACACUGCGAAUCGCAAGGAGGAGGACCUCCAGCUGAAAGAUUCCAUUUACAAACUUCGUCGGACACGACUACCUAUACUCGCGAACUUCUUGAGUACAUCCGACCGUAUACCCGAUGAUCCGGAGGACCCUCUGGUUACCUCCAAUCCGUUGGCGGAACCUCCUCGGACGCAUCCUCCCCCAUUGUACUACCUCCCAGCCAUUCUCACUCCUGUGCAAGAAGCAUUCAUCAACGCACGGAAAUCCCUCGUCAAAGAAGCCGUGGAAAAGGAAUGGGCGACAUUCAAGCAAGAGCGCGCCACAGGCAUUGAGGAGAUACGGCAGCUCCGACAACGAGUGGCUGAGGAGGAGGCUCGCAGGAAGGAAGAGCGUGCGAGUGGCGACGCAGACAAGGAUGAGGUGCACGACGAGAAGCCGGAAGGCGACGCGGAAAAGGCGCCGUCCAAGGAGGAGGAGAUGUCAGCGACGGAUGUACAUCCGGAGAACAGCGAUUCUGCAGACAAGACCAAGACGCCAGAGGAUGGGACCAUGGAUGUGGAUGAUGAGGCAGGGAAGGAUGAGAACGCGAAGCCGGAGGCGGUCGUGCGUGCGGACGACGAGGAAGCGGUCGAGUAUUGACCCUCCCGCUCUCUUUUGUUGCUCCUUGGCGCCUCACUUUUGCGGCGCUGUAUAAUAUUCUAUUAUCUUCUGGCUGUGCUCUGUUGUUGCAUGCUCCGUCUGAUAUCG